AUGAGUUCUCCAAGUCAAUCUCUAAAGUUUUGUGUCUCUAUACCAUUUGUUCAGAAGCUGAUUGCCGAGGUAUUGGGCACAUAUUUUGUUAUAUUUGCUGGUUGUGCUUCUGUGGCUGUGAAUUUGGACUUUGAUAAAGUGGUAACUUUUCCUGGGAUUUGCAUUACUUGGGGAUUGGUUGUGAUGGUCAUGAUCUACUCUGUCGGCCACAUCUCCGGAGCGCAUUUUAAUCCCGCGGUUACCAUUGCUUUUGCUAUUACUAAGAGAUUCCCAUACAAACAGAUACCAGCUUACAUUGUCGCUCAAGUCCUUGGAUCUAUGCUAGCUAGUGGUACACUCAGACUAUUAUUUGAUGGCACACGAUAUCGGUACUUUAUAGGAACAGUUCCUGCUAAUUCUUAGAUGCAAUCAUUUGUGAUUGAAUUUAUAAUCACAUUUUAUCUGAUGUUUGUUGUGUCGGGGGUUGCAACUGAUACAAGAGCGGUUGGAGAGCUAGCUGGGCUUGCUGUUGGCGCUACAGUUCUUCUUAAUGUGUUGUUUGCAGGGCCAAUUUCAGGUGCGUCAAUGAACCCAGCAAGAAGCUUAGGUCCUGCAAUAGUUUUCAACCAGUAUAAAGGAAUAUGGAUUUACCUGGUGGCACCAACUCUUGGGGCAACAGCUGGCGCAUGGGUCUACAACUUAAUCAGGUUCACUGACAAGCCACUGCGUGAGAUCACUAAGAGUGGCUCUUUCCUAAAGAGCCUACGAUGUAACCGCUCCAACUGA